CCCAUCCAAACUGAGAUCUCACCAAUUUCGUCGUGAGCCACCGAACAGUCAGCGUGCCGCUGGCGUGUGAUGCGAGGGUUCGAAUAAAAGGACCGAAACUAUGAAGAGAAGAGACCUGAGAGGAUGGAAAUUAUGCAGAGAGAGAAAGUAAAUCGAGGAGAGGGGUCAACAAUUCGCUGCAAUCUCUGAUAAAAGCGGGAGAGCUUAAUUACCACACGCGCCAUAGCUUCGAGUGCCAUUGAAACCAGAUAUAUAGAGAGAGAGAGGAAUAAGCAAUGGAGGGUGCGGGCAGCUGGGACGCCCUCGACUUCAUCAAGAUUGAGCCUGUGUCUCGGACUGUUAUGACUCAUGGCAUGGAUGAAUUCCUUCUAGAAGCUGAGGAAGUUAUUGUUCAGGGUUAUGGUGUUGUCCUUGUAAACAUGGAUGAAGCCGGUACUUUAUUGGUUACGAACUUUCGUCUACUUUUUGUGAGUGAGGGUUCGAGGAAGAUUAUUGCCCUGGGAACUAUACCAUUAGCUACAAUUGAAAGGUUUAGUAAACAUGUGAUGAAGCUAUCACCCACACCACGACAACCAGAUAGGACUCCUUCACGCCGCCUACUCCAGGUUAUUGGUAAAGACUUGAGGAUUAUUGUCUAUGGUUUUCGCCGUCGAACUAGACAGAGACGAUCUGUUUUUGAUGCACUGAUGAAGUACACAAGACCACUACGAUUAUGGGAUCUGUACACUUUUACAUGUGGACCAUCAAAGUUUAAGGGUGCUAACCCAAAGUUACGGUUACUGAAUGAAUAUUUACGGCUAUUAGGGAUGGGGUCUCAUCACACAUCAGCCAUUGUUGCGGAAGACGAAGUAUUUGCUUCCAACCAGUGGUGGAGAAUAACUGGGGUAAAUUCCAACUAUAAGAUGUGCGCAACAUAUCCUUCUACCUUGGUAGUUCCCAAAUAUAUCAGUGAUGAAGAGGUGGUUCAGGCUUCUUCAUUUCGUGCAAAGUGUCGUCUUCCUGUAAUUUCUUGGUGCCAUCCAGACACUGGAGCUGUUCUAGCUCGCUCAUCCCAACCAUUAGUUGGUCUUAUGAUGAAUUCGAGGAGCAAUGCCGAUGAAAAGCUUGUUGCUGCACUUUGCACACAAAUUGCUGGCAAUAACGGUCCCAAGAGGAAGCUCUAUAUAGCAGAUGCAAGACCUAGAAAGAAUGCCUUAGCAAAUGGGGCUUUGGGUGGUGGUUCCGAAUCGUCUUCUAAUUACUUCCAAUCAGAGGUUGUAUUCUUUGGGAUUGACAAUAUUCAUGCAAUGAGAGAUAGCUUUGCUCGACUCCGAGACUACCUGGACACUCAUGGUGUCACAUCAUCAGAUGGAUUAUCUUCUUUCUUGAGAAAUGGGGGAUGGACUUGGGGUGGGGGUAACUUAAGCAGUAUGUCUGCUUCUGUUUCAACACUAGGAGACAGUGGUUGGUUAAUUCACGUUCAAAGUGUCCUAGCAGGUUCAGCUUGGAUUGCUGCUCAUGUUGCUCUGGAAUCCUCCUCGGUGCUUGUCCAUUGCAGCGAUGGAUGGGACAGAACAACUCAGUUGGUCUCGCUUGCGAGUUUAUUGCUUGACCCAUACUAUAGGACAUUUGAAGGGUUUCAGGCACUAGUGGAAAAAGAUUGGCUUGCAUUUGGGCAUCCAUUUUCAGAACGUAUGGGGCUGCCAUCCUUCUCUGGUAAUAGUAACAUAACUGCAGAAUUAUCUAGACAGUCAUCAGUGGGAAAUAUUCCUUCGUCACCAAUGCGGUCGUCGUCUGGAUCGACAUACACAUCUACUAGUGGCUCUUCACAUGCACAGAUAUCAAACAACUAUUCACCCAUUUUUUCGCAGUGGGUGGAUUGUGUUGCACAGUUACUAAGGAUGUAUCCCUGUGCGUUUGAGUUCUCCUCGGUCUUUUUAGUUGACUUUUUGGAUUCUGUGCAAUCUUGUCGCUUUGGGAACUUCUUAUGUAACAGUGAAAAGGAAAGGCAGCAAUCUGAGAUUUCAGACGCUUGUGGAUGCUUGUGGACAUAUUUAGCUGAUUUGCGUGCUACAGAGGGGGGUUAUCAUCACUUUAAUCUCUUCUAUGAUCCUGAAAAACACGAUGGUGCUCUCUUGCCUCCUGCUGCAGCAUUGGCUCCAACCCUCUCGCCUCAGUUCCAUCUGCGCUGGGCAUGUCCUUCAGAGGUUCUAGGUGGGGAUCUUGAAGCCCAAUGUCGCGCGGUGGCUCAGAAGUUUGAAGAUAUGCAGAAGGCAAAAGAAUCAGUGGAAGAGAGAGCAAAGAGCGUCACAACCAGCAUGGAGUCAUUGAGCAAGGAGUUGAUGAGAGAGAAGCAUUUCCGCACCACUGCAGAGAACUUAGCUGCAAAGGCAUACAAGGAAAAUGUUGCCAUAAAGCGCGCGAUUCAAUCUUUAGGAUGCAAAAUUCAAUUUUCAAGCUGUGGUGAUCAGGCCCUAGACAAAGGCAAUGUCCAUCAAGGAACAAGGCAAUUUUCUACAAGAGGUUCAAAUAUAGGGAGAGAGUUAGGAAGAGGUGAGAGACAGGAAGAGAAGACAGAUCUCUCUGUUUCAAUUUCAGUUGAGUCAGAGAACGAUGAUACCUCUGCCAAUUUGUUAAGAAAAACAUGUGAUAGUAUGUGCCCCUUCCGCUCCGACGGGGUGUGCAAGUGGCCUGAUGCCGGAUGUGCUCAGUUUGGCAGCCAGUUCUUGGGGCUCAAGGCAAACUUCGAUGCAUUCGACCAGCUCUCGAUAUACGACUGCUAUUUCGAUUCGAAAGAGUAGUGGAGAAUCUAUUUUUUGGCUUUGGCCUUUAAGUUGGAAGGUCUUCUUGUGUACAAAGCAACCGAAAAAGAUCUUUGGUUCUGUGCGGUCAAUGGCUUGAGCCCCUCACAAGGUAGCAGAAAUUUUUGUCCAGACGGGUUUUGGAAAAAGCAAUGAAAAUGCAUUUGUCGGAUGCAAAAAUAUAUGAGAAUAAUAAUACCUCGUAUGCCACAGGCUCAAGCUGUGGCCAAGACAACUUGGGUCCAUGACUGGGGAAUUUGUACAUGAAUAGGGUUUAGUCUAGUCGUAUUAUAUUGUAUACCUUAUCAUUAUUGAUAUACCAUACACUCGUUUCUAACCAAUUUUUUUGGUAAUCAUCGCAAUCGUUGAUGUGUCAUUGUUGCAUUCUAUCAAAUUGCAUGCAACAUA